UGGGAUUGUCUGGCUCGACAGCGGGCAUCGGGUCACCAGGUAUGACAGCGGGCACUGGGUCACCAGGCAUUGGAUCGUCUGGCCCAACAGCGGGCAUCGGGUCACCAGGCAUCAGGUUAUUUGGCUCGACAGCGGGCACCACGUCAUCUGGCAAGGCAGUGGGCACCGAGUCACCAGGCACAACAGUGGGCUCUGAGUCAAUUGGCAUGACAGCGGGCACCGGGUCAUCUGGCGCUGGAUCGUCUGGCUCGACAGCGGGCAUCGGGUCACCAGGCAUGACAGCGGGCACUGGUUCAUCAGGCAUUGGAUCGUCUGGCUCGACAGCGGGCAUCGGGUCACCAGGUAUGACCGCGGGCACUGGGUCAUCAGGCAUUGGAUCGUCUGGCUCGACAGCGGGCAUCGGGUCACCAGGCAUGACAGUGGGCACCGGGUCAUCAGGUACCGGAUCGUCUGGCUCGACAGCGGGCACUGGGUCAUCAGGCGUGAUAGGUUCAUCAGGCUGGGUACAGACAUCAGGCUGGGUACAGGCA